CAAAUGAUGCUGUUUCUAGCAAAUCCACUGAAUAAAUAGGCCUGGGUGCAAAGCUAGGCAGAUCAAACCAUAAAUUUCCUUUCCUUCUCAUCUAUUGAAUUCAACACAGAGAGGCAAGAGUUCUAUCAAUAGGCAUGGCUUUCCACCAAAGAUCAAUUAGCUUGCCUUCUAGGCCUCUCUCCAAAGCUGAAGAGGACCUGCACAGCAUAGAGUCAUGCAUCUCUUCACCCUCCCUGACCAUUGAUACAACCUCCGAUGGUUUGACAAGGCUACAGAACAUCUACGACUCUAUUGAGGAGAUCAUGUGCCUGCCUAGCAACCAAGUGUGCUCAUCCCAGCAGAGGAAGUUGUGGGAUGAAGAGAUAGAAUGCUCCCUUGAGCUACUAGACCUCUGCAAUGCUAUGAGUGAGGUCUUUACUGAGUUGAAGGACAUCAUCCAAGAUCUGCAAGUGUCUCUCAGAAAAGGAGAUGAUGCAGUUGUUCAAGCCAAGAUCCAGGCAUACAUCCGCUUGGUGAAGAAGGCAAAGAAACAUUUCAAGAAGACUGUGAAGAAAGCUGUCUCAGACAAGGAGGACUGCAAGAUUGUCAAGCUGUUGAGCAAGGCUAGAGAGAUCACUACCUCUCUACUUGAGUCAACAAUGCACCUCUUGUCGAAGCAAAUCGUCCUGCCAAAGUUGUCUCUCAUCUCCAAGGCAUUCCAGAAGAAAAACUCGGUGAUGUGCAAUGAGGAGCAGUUCAAGGUGUUAGAGUGCUGCAUCGGAGAUCUUGAGGCUGGAGCAGGACUUCUCUUCAGGAGAUUGGUCCAGAGCAGGGUUACUCUCCUGAACAUUCUUAGCUCAUAGAUACUCCACACGAUCUGACACUUAGCCUGCGAUUGGCAUCCGCCUUUUAAAGGAUUUGCUAAUCCUUUCCAUUCGUAUAUGUUAUAGACUUACUGUACA